UGUCCUCCAAGAUCCCAACUUCCUCUGCGAGCGCUGAAUGAGACAGACGGCUCCGCUGAACUGGAGUGGAAUCAACAGCGCCAAGAAAAGGACACGACGGCAGACGGCGGUGGGAAACGCAGCCUGAUAGAGUCGAGAUCGGAGGAUACGCUGACAAUCGGGGAGUUUUGUCACAAGAGGUGCAAUUAGCAAUGAGUUGGGGAACGGAGCUUUGGGACCAGUUUGAAAAUCUCGACAAGCAUACACAAUGGGGCAUCGACUUCCUGGAAAGGUAUGCAAAGUUUGUCAAAGAAAGGCUGGAGAUCGAACAGACCUAUGCAAAACAGCUGAGGAACCUGGUGAAAAAGUACUGUCCGAAGCGCUCCAAAGACGACGAACCCAGGUUUUCCUCAUGCCUGUCUUUCUACGCCAUCCUGAAUGAGCUGAAUGACUACGCUGGCCAGCGGGAGAUCGUGGCCGAGGAGAUGGGGCACAAGGUGUACGGGGAGCUGAUGAGAUAUUCUCAGGACCUCAAGUCUGAGAGGAAACAUCACCUGCAGGAGGGGAGGAAGGCGCAGCAGUACUUGGACCACUGCUGGAAACAGAUGGACAAUAGCAAGAAGAAGUUUGAGCGGGAAUGCAGGGAAGCAGAGAAGUCUCAGCUCAGCUAUGAGAGAUUAGACAACGACAUCAACGCCACCAAGUCAGAGGUGGAGAAGGCAAAGGCCCAGCUGUACCUGCGAACGCACAUGGCAGACGAGAGCAAGAACGAGUACGCCGCCCAGCUGCAGAACUUCAACGGCGAGCAGUGGAAGCAUUUCAACGUCGCCAUUCCGCAGAUAUUCAAGAACCUGCAGGACAUGGACGAGAGGCGGACGGUGAAGCUGGGCGAGACCUACAGGAGCUUCGCGGAGGUGGAGCGCCGCGUCAUCCCCAUCAUCUCCAAAUGCCUGGAGGGGAUGGUGGCGGCCGCGAAGUCGGUGGACGAGAGGAGGGAUUCAGCAAUUGUGAUUGAAUCCUUCAAGUCCGGGUUCGAGCCUCCAGGGGACUUUCCCUUUGAGGAUUUCAGCCAGAACAUCUAUCGGACAGGGUCAGACGGGACCAUCAGUACACCCAAGAAUGAGGGGGUGAGGCCCGACCCCAAGCACUCGCUGGGCAAGGCCAAGAACAAACUGUGGCUGUUUGGGAAGAAACCCAAGGCCCCGACAUUGGAGGACUUCAGCCACCUACCGCCCGAACAAAGACGCAAGAAGCUCCAGCAGCGAAUUGAUGAGCUGAGCAAAGAGCUGCAGAAGGAAGUGGACCAAAGAGAUGCACUGAACAAGAUGAAGGAUGUGUAUGAGAAGAACCCUCAGAUGGGGGACCCAAGCAGUCUGCAGCCCAAGAUCUCAGAGACCAUGUGCAACAUGGAGCGGUUGCGCUCAGAGAUCCACAAGAAUGAGAGCUGGCUGUCGGAGGUGGAAGGGAAACAGAGCGCUCGAGGAGACAGGCGCCCCAGUGCAGAGGUCAACCAUCACACGCCCCAUGGCAGAGAGAGUCCUGAAGGGAGCUACACUGACGACCCCAGCCAGGAGCACCGCAGCCCCCCGCAGCCAGACCCCCAUGAGUUUGAUGAUGAAUUUGAUGACGACGACCCCCUGCCAGCCAUUGGGCACUGCAAAGCGCUCUACGCCUUUAAUGGUGAGAACGAGGGCACGCUGGUGAUGAAGGAGGACGAGGUUCUGUACAUCAUCGAGGAGGACAAGGGAGACGGCUGGACGCGGGCACGCAAGCAGAGCGGCGAGGAGGGCUACGUGCCCACGUCCUACGUGGAGAUCACACUGGAGAAGAACAGCAAAGGUGCGGUCACCUACAUAUGACUUCCCUCCGCGGACACCCUGUCAGCUCUGACAAAGCGGCUCCCGGCCCCAGCUCGCUGUCUGGCAGUCUGCUUGUUCACUGUGUGAGCUCCCGGACAGUGUGGCAGUAGUCUCACACACACACGGCCCUCUGCAGCUCUGUCCAAACCCACCGCCCUGUGUGGGACUUGCUCUGCAAGGCCUGGGCCAUUUCAUGUGUCUCAGCUUAUAGACU